AUGGUUGGGCUGUCGAAGAGGUAUGCUCGAUUGAUCACAUAUUUCGUCAUAUUAUGCUUAUUAUUAGGAAUUAUUGUACGGCUCAAUUUACUCGGAUACAAGUUACUACCCUCGGUGACUUUAGGCCACAAAUCACCGGAAGCUUAUUGGUACGGAGUUGUGAUUAAUUUUGGAACUCUGAGCUGUUUCCAUGUUGGAACUUGGUUCAGAAUUUGUCCUGUAACGGAAAGUAGUCUUAAAGUGGAUCUCCAUGAUAGCUCUUUGACAAGCAGGAAAGUGAUCACAAAGGACUUAUUUAAUUCUGAAGGGUAUCAUUGGUUUGGAAAAUCCCAAUUUUUAUGGUACGAUGUGUUAGAAUUGAAAUCAGUUACCGAUGUAAGAAAGCUUCCGUCUGGGGACUCUGUUUAUGGGGUUACCAGGAUAUCAGGCGAUUUGAAAGAUUGUAAACAUCCAUUUAAGAAUAUAUGUAUUCAUAUCGAUGAAUUGAAUGAAUCAGCAUUGGAAAACACUAGAUUUCUCUCUGGCUUCUCAGUAUUGUUCGGUGAAGACGUUACAGAACCGAGAAUUGACUGGGAUUUGGAUAAAAGAUUUACGGUAACCAACGUAAGGUACCCUUCUUACGUCACAGCAACAUAUUGGAAUAACGAUGUGUGGAAACCCGAAGUCCCUUUGCUCUUCGUUAAUGAUCAACACAAGUUUAAAAUUGUACAGUUGGCAGACUUACAUUUCAGUGUUGGUAAGGGCGUUUGUAGAGAUGAGUUCCCACAACACGAGACGUGUGAAGCAGAUCCCAAAACAUUACAAUUUAUAGAUCAAGUUUUGGAUAUCGAAAAGCCUCAGAUGGUAGUAUUUACAGGCGAUCAAAUUAUGGGAGAUGAGUGUAAGCAAGAUUCAGAGACUGCGCUCUUGAAAGUGUUGGCUCCUGUCAUCUCAAGAAAAAUUCCAUGGGCAAUGGUAUGGGGUAAUCACGACGACGAAGGGUCACUAAACAGGUGGCAGUUAUCCGAAUUCGCAAGUAAGCUUCCGUAUUCGUUGUUUGAAAUUGGGCCUCGCGACUCAAAAGACAAUCAGUUCGGGCUCGGAAACUAUGUACGGGAAGUCAAGGGUGGUGAUGGGACGACAAAUAUUGCCUUGUACUUCUUGGAUUCUCAUAAGUAUUCAAAGAGCAAAGCAUUCCCAGGAUAUGACUGGGUUAAGGAAGAACAAUGGGAGUAUAUGGAGGAAUAUCUGGAAAGCCACGAUUCUAUUAAACAGGCGAAACACUCCGGUGAUUUAAUUUCGAUGGCAUUCUUCCAUAUUCCUUUACCAGAAUAUAGGAACUUCCCUCAGGAAUCAGGUAGUAACCGAGUAGUAGGAACUUAUAAAGAAGGUAUCACGGCACCAAGAUAUAAUUCUGAAGGGGUGAAAACUCUACAUAAGUUGGGCGUGUCAGUUACCAGUGUGGGACAUGAUCACUGCAAUGAUUAUUGUUUAUUAGAUGAUUUCAACGACGGUGAGGACAAGAUAUGGUUAUGCUAUGGAGGUGCAGCUGGAGAAGGAGGUUAUGCUGGGUACGGAGGUACAGAAAGACGUAUUAGGGUAUAUGAGAUAGAUGCGCUAAAGAAAGAUAUAUAUUCGUGGAAACGACUUAAUGGUUCUCCGGAAAACACUUUCGAUCAUCAAAAACUAAUCAGCGAUGGUGUUCCAUAUACUGCCUGA